AUGCCGUCACCUCUCCUUACCGCGACGAUGCAAGCGGGCGCCUUGUCGGGACUGUCCAACACCCUGGCGCAGGGUCUGACGGCCUACCGAUCGAACGUGUAUUCCUCGUUCGAUUUCGUUGGAUUCGUCCAGAUGAUCAUCCUCGCGAUCAUCCAAACCCCUCCGAAUUUCAAAUGGCAGAUGGCUUUGGAAGAGAACUUUCCGAGUUCGGGCAAGAAGCCCGUCGAUGCCGCGGCCCUCAAAAAGAAGGAUGACGAUGUCAAGAUCGAUGAGAAGAAGAAUACGACGGGAAAGGAGACACUCUCAAUCAAGAAUACCGUCGCCAAGUUCGUGCUUGAUCAGACCGUGGGCGCGACGCUGAAUACAAUCAUGUUCAUCAUCUUGAUCAACUUGAUCAGAGGAGCUGGCUGGAAUACCGCCAUCACGGCCGUCCAGAGAGAUUUCACCACAAUGUUACUCGCCGGCUACAAGUUCUGGCCUUUCAUUACCUUGCUAAACCUUGUCGUCGUCCCUGUUGAACAGCGUAUGCUUGUAGGAAAUCUAGCUGGGCUGGCUUGGGGCGUCCUUGUCAAUCUCAUGGGGCUAUGA